AUGAAAGCUGAGACCAAUCACGUCGAGGCGUCUGGCCUGUCAACUCCUCCACCAACACCGCCCGCCUCAGCGACCCUGUCGAAGGCUCAGGCACUGAGCAAUGUGUACUCGCUUGCAACGGCCUUCGCGACUUGCGUCGAAGCCUUCAAUUUAAUCCAUCCGCACAAAGAUAGCGACCAGGCGCAAAAGGUUGCCCUCACCAAGCUCGGCAUCCAGCAAGGGCGCCUCCUCAUUUUUGGCGAUGCAGUCGGUAUCUGUGCGCCUCCAGCGACCAUCGCGCGGCACAUGGUGCCAUCGCGUCCUGGACUGACGAACCCCGAUCCUACCUUACCCGUCAACUUCGGCAUCAGAGAUACAAGGCUCGACGACGAAGAUGUGCGGAACAAGGUUACGCGCGCGCUGGAAGAAAUCUACGGACGACCUGCGCAUCUAUCGCGCGACCAGCUAAUGGAGCGAUACGGGCUGAAGCAGCCGAAACGCUUCAGUGCGAUCGAACACCCAUCGCUAGAUACCAACCGCCUCGAAGCGUUCCGUGAGAAGUACGCGCUUCUCAACGACCUCAUGCAACAAUCUGGCAUUCGUCCCCAGAACGCAAAUAGAAAGGGGAGCAUGGCGAUGAAUCACUGGACCAUCAAAGAUGUUGUGCGCUUCGAUGCGUUCGUCAACACCGUGCGAAUCGAGGUCGAUGGCUUGAUUGCGCUGAUGGGAGUCAAAGAACAAGUGGACAGGGGCAUGAGGACCGACAUCAAAGCUAUGGCGUGGCAUCCCGAUUUGCAGUCUAUGAUUGUUCGUCAGGACUGGGAAAAGCUGAGGCUGAUUCGGGAGGCGGUGACGGGAGAUUAUCCGGAGUACGUGGAGGUUGCGGACAAGGCAUUGCAGUACCUCGUCGAAGAGCUGCGCGGUACAAAGAUACAGAUGCUCAAGAUGGCGCAGAUGGGACAGGCGUCGGUAGGCAUACGCCAAGUAAGCGACGAGAAGGGCGGUGCAAAAGCAAGCGUACAACCACCCAAGGCUGGGGCGCAAAAGGAAAAGCGACCAGGCUUCUGGUCAAGGAUUUCUGGGUACAAAUCCAGCAAGACCAAGCAGCGCUCCCAAAGCAUAGUUUCUGCGCCGGAGGAAACCGACCCGCAGCGUUCCCUUUCCGACUCAGGCGCGCCCCGCACCUCGGAAGACGCGAACACGCUCACUACCGUACGCUCCAAAUCCCUCUCAGCAGUGCCAGAUGACCAGACGCCUUUCGACCUCAACGCCAGACUUGCGGAUCUAUCAGUGCAGAUUGAGCAGGAAGGUCAUAACGAAGACGUACAAGCACCAACGUCGGAGACUACAUUCCACGACGUGCCCGGCGCGGAAAAGACCCACGUCAAUGUACAGGCCACGCUCACGCAGAUCCCCACGAGAAGUACCGCUGAUAUCGACGAUGUAGACCCAUUGAAUACUACUAACAGCAAUGGGUAUAACCUCUAUCAUGCGGAUACGGCGAAUUCGCUCAUCGAUAGACAUGAUAUGUUCAGAGGUGUCGGACGGAUGGAUACGAGGGAUAUCAGGGACAAGAGUCACGAUGCGGCGGGGUGGUAG